GGGUUGGAACAAUUUUAUUGAUAAAAGCGUUUAAAGAAAAUAAUUCUAUUGGUAACGGGCGCAGCACUGGAAGAGGUAUAUUGAAAAUUUAAAUCGAAUGGGAAGUUUGUUCUGAAUUUUCUUCAUUGAAAUGUUAGAAACUUGAAUAGAAAGCAUUCAAAGAUAAGCAAAAUAAAAAUGGGCCCGGGCCUAACAAUGGACUUUUUUAAAUUCAGCAAAUUUAUUAUAAAAACUCAACGAGCUUAACAAAAUUGUGCGCGAAAAAAAAACAUGUUAAAUUUUGUACGCAGCCAAGCAAAACGCGAGACCUACUAAAAAGAAAGAGAGAACUAGCUUGUUACUCAUCUCUCUCUUCUCUCUCGGAGGAUGCUUUGUCUCCUCUAAACUCAUUUUAAAAUUUUAAGCACACUGCGCGGUCCCCUCCUUUCACCUUGCUUAUAAAUGUAUGAUUGUAGCGCCCGCAAACCAUUUCUCUCAGCUUCACUGUCAGGGUCGCAACACAAAUAAUUUGACGUCAGGUAUGUCAAACAUUUUGAAGACGUCCUUUUGCAUAUCCGCCCGCUAAAAUGGCCCGAACCGGGAAGUGGAGUGAAUUGACUGUUAUUCUCGUCCUGGUGGUUUUCGCAAAGGAGACGCUCUCAGCAGGUCUGCCCUUAAAGUUUGUAACUUCGCCAACGCAAAAACCCAUCACCUACUUCGAGGACCCUCCUUUGGUCGUAAACCGCCACACUAAGCCUUUAACACAUCACGAUGGCGAUAAAGAAAUCGAAUCAUUCCUUGGCGGCAGCUCCAGUGUGGGAAGCUGGAAGCGAUGGGACCACGCGGCGUCCGCCAAACCGGCCGCCCAACCCGCGGCGACGAACGAAAAAACAUUCACUCAACAGCAAAUUUUGGAAAAGUUGUUCGCUGAUUACCACAAUCACCUCGAGGAGCAGAAGAAGCAGAAAAAGUCCAAUACGACAGAGCACGGCGGCGCAAGCGCCGAUCAGGGCAGGUACGUGUCCAGCAUUAAUAUUCGUCCGAAACCAACCCCCACCCAGACCGGACAUUGGGCGCUGGACAUCGAGGAGAGCACCAAAGUACUUAACCCAUCCUCAGCCAUGGCCAACUUAAAACUUCACCGCCCUGGUACUUCAAAUACAGAAGUAUCAGGUCGGCCACCGAAAGACGGCUGGGUUAGUCUUGAACCGAUUCCGUGGUCGUCCAGCAAAAUUUCAAAGUGGACACCCAAUAAAGCGACAUCUUCCUCGCCAACUGCCGUUUGGAAUACGCAAAUGAGCCAAAAGCCAUUUUGGUCGACCAACCAGCAGCAGCAGCAACAGGAACACCAACACCGUCCGAGUCAACAAACGUCCUCCUCUGUGUCGAACUGGGACUUAAGGCCCAGCAGCUCGGACAAUCGCCCUUUGAACUGGGAUGACCUCCCAGGAAAACCGAACUGGUCGGACACUUUGAACCGUCCGAGUUGGGACAACAAUAAGCCUUCUUGGACCGAGGCAAAUGUGAAGCCUUCAUGGAGCAGCAGUAGCUCGUCGUCGUCGGAAAGCGCGCCAAAUAAGCCAACGUGGGCGCAAACCGUGUCCAACAAGCCAUCACUAAGUGGCUCCUCUUCUUCUUGGACAGAUUUGAGCAGCAAGCCGUCCUUCGCCAACACCAACCGGCCAUCAUCGUUUAGUGGAACUCGGCCAUCGAAGCCGCCUCCUUCCGGACAUGACCUUCUCAGCCACCAUUUGGGCAUCAUUACAGACGGCAAGCUGCCCGAGUGGCCUAUUGACACGCCGGCCUCCUCGUCUUUCACAAAACCUGCAGCCCACAAGCCCACGUGGAAUCGGCCUACUCAAAGUGUGAAUGUGCAGAGUGGAUUUUCUGGAUUUUACAAAGGAGAGGAUGAAUUGAAAAAUAACAAGCCACCCCAGGCCGAAGAAUCCGCUGAAGGCGGGCGGUGGGUGCUUUUGUCGAGCACGCGAGGUCAGACCAUUCCUCCGGGUGGUAGAGGUCAAGGGUCAAGACGAGCUUUCAAAUUCAACCCCACCGUGUCCAUGUCCACAAACCGAGGCAUCCGACUGACUGUCCUGCCAGCAGCUAAUGGGACCAGCACAGUUUCCCACGGAGGACUACUAGAGGUGGACAAGACUUUUGAAACGGUAGAUAAUUCCGCCAUCAAGUUACAGCAGCAGCAGCAGCAACUGCUUUCUCAGCAGACGCAGGUGGCUCCCAUCAAGCCAAUAAUUAGUGCAGAUAGCGUAGUGGUGGUGGCUGCACCGGCAGGAGCCGUAGCACCUACAAGUCCGAAGGGAGGUCACAAGAAAAAGGGUAACAAAAAGGGAGGCAACAAGAAAAAGCGCAAGGGUGGGAAGAAGAAACGCAAAGGCCACCGACGCCCAGGACAGUCAGCUCAGCAGCAAGCGGGCGGCGGAGGUGGAGGCGGUGGCGGCGGAGGUGUUAGCGGAGUUCAAGUGUUUAGUGCAACAAAUCCCAACGACUAUGUGAACAGGAGGAAGGCCCUGAUCGCGGCUAUUGGCGCUGGAAUGCUUCCGGCCACCAUGGCUGCUUUGGUACCAAUGUUCCUUGGCCGCAGACGGCGUAGGCGAGACCUGACUGGUGACAUGUCAGACACUUACGUGAAGCAGUAUAUAAAUAAAAUUAUUUCGAGGCAAUACAGAUUGCAUCAAGGAAAUUCCGUUUCACAAUAAGAGGCUGAACUUAAAUUGCUGCCGAGUGCCUUUCAGUUCCAAGAUAAAAGUGGAAAUUAUUCGGUGUGAUUCAUAACUUAAGAGUGUAUACAUGAAAGUAGACUUUCGAGUGAAGAAACUUUGUAGGUUUUAUACCAAAUGUUUUAGAGUGAGAGCACAGUUUUGUAUCAAAAAUAAAUUAUUACUGUGAAAAGCCUGAGUAAUUUUAGCUGUAUCAUUUUAGCCCUUUUAUUUUAAAGAAAAAAUUGAUUUAUUUCGUACAACCUUAGCUUAUCUUCAGCUAGCAGCAUAAAAUUUAAA